UGUAGAAUUCUGACUAAACACCAAAAUGGGGAUUUUAUCUCAAAAAAGGAAAAGGAGAAGGCAGGAAUUCACAGGCUUAAAGGCGCUGGCGUCAGGUGUCUUAGCUAUGGCAAAAGCUCAUGCCGAACUGGACAAAACAGAGAAGAGUUUAGAAUAUGAAAUAGAAAGGGAAAAUCGAAAACCACCAUCUUCAUGUAUUGGCAGGUCACGAUUUUUGGGAUACAAUUUAAUGCAUACCAAACAUGUGUUGAUGUGUAUUGUCAUCUUAAAUGUUAUUGACUGUGUCCUCGUGCUUGGGGAACUCAUAUUGGAUAUAUUCUAUCUCAAGAGAGUUCUUGACCACGAAGAAAUGGCUAACUUAUAUUUCGUGAAAACAAUGAAAUCAACAUAUCCAGAGGAUUUACACAACCUUUAUGAAACAGACAUCAAUGUUUUACAUUCCAUGAUUCUGUCGUCUCGAGUGGAUUUCACAUCGGUAACUUCUGCAUCAUACAGUCCUUUAGCGUUUAUUUCUUCUGUGGAUUCUCAACAUAAUGAAACUAAUUAUCAACAACAGCCGAAAUUGGACAAACGGUCCCUUGAGACUACUGGCGUGUAUUCUGAAUAUUUCAUUAACAACUCAUCUGGAGUUUGGUCAUCAAAUGUCAGCAAUGAUCAGUGGAACUUUAGCAAUAGGAGUCACCCAGAAAUUCAACACGACGAUCACUCACAUAGUUUAGAAGUGAUUCUAGCUCACAAACUACAUUAUUGCAGCAUUUCUAUCCUUGCCAUAUUGGUUGUGGAGAAUAUUUUAAAAGUAAUAUGUGGUGGAAAAGAACAUUUUGAAAAGAAGUUAGAGGUCUUCGAUGGUUUUAUCGUGGUGGCGUCUUUUGUGGUGGAUCUAGUUUUUAUAAGAGGACUAAGUGCCUACAAAAUUCAGAAAUUCGUGGUUAUUUUGGCAUUUCUUGUGCCAUGGAGAGUCAUUCGAGUGGUCAACAGUUUGGUGGUAGCAGUUAUUGAUCACGAGCACUUCAGGAUGAAGCUUUUAUAUAAGCAGAAAAAACAAGUAGCCAGUGAUCUUAAAACGUCUAAAGCAGACAAUAAGGCACUUCAGGCCUGCAUUGACUCAUUACGCAGUAGAGCUGUCUCUGCAGGUAUUCCAGAAGGAGAACUAGAUGAAAUAAUAGCUUCCAGCCUUACUCCUGUCAAGAAGAAAAAGAAAAUAUCAACGUCUAUGUUUCCUGCCUCCUUCAGUCUCGGUUCUCUUGGUUUCACUCGGCAAAACAGCACAAAAAACUCUAACACGAAUGCAGAGGUCAUUUAUGUUGAUGUUGAUAAUAACACUUGUUUCCAUGACAAUAAUGACAACAAAUAAUUGCAAGGGAAUAUGUGAUUUUAGGCAGCAGAAUAGCAUUUUUACCUGGAUCGAAUAGCCAAAAGGCUAGGGGAUAUAAAAAUGCUAUUGUUUAUUCAAAUGAUGCAUUUAAAAAGACAUUUAUAUCUAUAUGCACUUUUCAAAAACAGGUUUGGGAAUCACGCUUGUCAUAUUUAGUUCAGAUCAAGAUAUUCUACGUAUUCGGAUUAAUUUUAGAUGAAUUCCUGUUUUCAGUAGGAAUUAUUUCAUUUGUGAAAUCAAUUUUAAAUAGACUGUUAAGACACAGAUUAUCUGCUCAGAGCAGAGGUAAUGCAGAAAUGGGUGCAGGUGCCUUGAACAUAAGCAUUUAUAUACUCAGAGAACAAGAAAUUCAUACUUUCAAUUUAAUGUCACAUAAAGGUUCAGCACUUUGUAUUGAUACGUCACUUUUCGAAGAAUUUCUGCACAAAAGAAAACAAAAGCUUAUUUACAUAUCCCAUAUUUUCUAACAUGAAUUUUAAGGAGAACAAAAAAGUUUUUUUUUCUGAAUGUUCAUGUUUUAAAUUGGAAUUCCAUCAUAAAUACGAAUCUAGAUGUUAGGCAAACACUGUAAAUUGCCAUUUUCUUAUCUGCAUAAAAUAUUUUUCAACGAGAUCCCCCCCCUUCUGUGCAAUGUUUUACUCCUGUUCAAAAUGCAUUGUGAUUUCUCCGCCAAAAAUCUGGAUAUCGUACAACUUAAAACUGGGAGGACUUGUAUUGAAAUUCCAUCCAUUUGCAAGUAAAAUCCAUUGAGAUUAAAAAUUUCCGAUCGAGAUGUUUCCUGACCAGUUUACCAUUGCUUGUCUAUUUAUUCUUUUGAAGGUGUUGGUUUGUAUAAUACUUUUUACUGUAGAACUUGGAAACGUAAACGUGAUAUGCUGUGUAUAACACAAUCAAAUACGUUUCCUGACAAUCAAACUUUACAUGUCAAUUAUUCAGAUCUACAAGGUAAUUAAAAACAUGUUUGUUUAUAACAUUAUGUUAAUGUUAUAUGGAGCUGAAGUCUUUUACAUGAAUCAAAUUUCAUUAAUUUAAA